AUGCGGCAAAAAAGGUGUACCUGCCAGGCUUACAGAUGUAAUGGAGUCCUCAUACCUGAGCACACCGCACGCGCUCAUGAACGGCGUGACCUGCGAGAAAAAACUGCUGCAUCGCAGGCCCAAUUUAAGCGGGUUGGUGAACGGUUCGUGCCGAGCGCUGCACAAGAAGCUGGCCCAGUUCCUCGCGGAUACUCUGUUCCCUUGCAUGACCCGCAGCCCCUGUUAUCUCCCGAUGUUCAAUUUCACGACCCACAUCGUAUUUUGGAAUCCCCAGUCGAACAGGAGAUGUUAGACUAUGGUUUCCUAACCGGAGAAGAUGUGGACCUCAUGACCCAUGGUUCCAAUCUGCCCAAUCUCGGGCCCAACUUCCAUAGCCCUGAAGCACUGCAUGACGCUGUUGAUCACUUUAGCGCAUAUAACGCAGCUAGCAGUUCAAGCUCACGUCCCCUCACCUCAUACGAAGCCCAUCACCUCCCGCAUGACCCAGAACAGCGUGCAUUAGAUCGCGAGAUCGAAAAAGCCGUCGAAGCGAUCCGAAAUGAAGACAGUCAAGUUCUACAACACGAGGAUGGUCUCGAUGACCUAGACAUCGAUGUCAAUGGAAUAUUCGAUGAUCAAGACAAUCAAGACAAUAACGUGAUGUCAUCCACGGAUCCAAACGAGGACGACCCUGAUCCAUUUCUGCCAGAAGAAGGUUUCAACUCAACACGCGACAGGGACCUCACAGAUACCCCCCCUCAUCUGAUCACGAUAUAUGCGCUGGUCUCAUGGUUACAUCUCCAGUUCCACCUUCCACGAGCAGCGUGUAAUGCCUUACUGGCUACUUUGGGGUGUAUCCUUGUGGCCCUAUCUCCAGCGAUCGACACUCCCUUCAUCACACUGCAAUCGAGUCAUCGCGUUCUUUUGUACCGGCUUCUCACCCAAGCUCUUGAGAGCGUCAUCGUGUUCAUCAACACGCAAGAUUCGUUGACUUAUGUUCGACAAGUGUUCGUUCGACUCUGUCAGUCUUGCGACUUCAGAUACGAGGCGUGCAACGGUCGCAUUGAGAUCCCGGACUUGAUCUUCAAGGGUAUUUGGAACGUGCUGAUAUGCUGGUAG